AUGAUCUAUAGUGCUUUAUUUGACUUGAAUUUAUGAGUUAAUCAUUGUUUAAUCUUUCUAUCACAAAGUGGCUAUCUCUUUGGUAUUCAACUUUUAGAGUUAGAACUGCUUAUGUGUUAAAACGUUUAGGCUGUGUGUCUGUGUACUUUACUGUAAAUCUAAUUUAAUUGAUAUUUCUUUAGUUCUGUAGAAUCCUUGGUUUUUAAGUAAAUGUAUAUUUUUAAAAAUAACUCCUGGUAAUCUAAGAUUUUAAUCACAAUUAUUUUUUUGUACAUGUCCAAAAAGAUUAUGCCACUUUGCUGGCUACUUUUAUGAAAUUUACAGCAGUCUGUAAUAUUCAUUGCAAUGCCUUUUUUUUCCCCUUUUAGAAUGGGGAACAAUGCAUCUGCUGCUACAGCGAUAUCUAAUACUGCUAUAACAAACCAAAUACAAGAUGCUAUAUCAGAUAAUUGUGUUGUGAUCUUCUCAAAAAGCAGUUGUUCCUACUGCAAAAUGGCCAAGAGACUAUUUCAAGAAAUGAAUGUCAAUUAUAAAGCCAUAGAACUUGAUAGAUAUGAAAAUGGAAGUCAGUUUCAAGAUAUUCUUCAUCAAAUGACGGGCAGCCGGACAGUUCCCAGAAUAUUUAUCAAUGGAAACUUUGUCGGAGGUGCUACAGAUACUCAGCAACUUCACAGGGAAGGUAAACUCCUUCCAUUAGUUCACCAAUGCCAGAUCCAGAGAGAGAGAAACUCAGUACAUUCAUACUGAGUUUUCCUUGAUUUUUUUGAAUAAAAUAAACCCAAAUUUCACUUUACCGACAUACCUGUACAAAAAUGCUUCAACAACUUUGAAUUGUCCCAAAAUAUAUUGGCUAAUUUUAGUAAAUAUUCAGGUUGCAACCACACAGGGAUUCCUGGGAGAAAACCUAGCCACACAAAUAAACCUUGUUACAUUAAGUCAGUUCCAAGUCUUUAAGAGUUAUGCCACCUGCACUCAAACCCGGAGCAAUACUCCCAGGAUGAGUUUGGGAGACGUAUGAGCACCUGCACAAUAUUCAGCUGCCGUCCAUAAGGAUUUGCUCAUUGUUUGCGGUUUCUGCAACUCCGUACUAAACUUUAUAGCUCUCUUGUCUCUGCAUGCUGCCUUUCUCUCAAGAAACUGGACACUGGCAAGUUUGGUGUAUCAAACAGAAAAAAAUGGAAGAGAGACUUGAACCAACACAAAAUCAGCAGACGGAGGGCUGGAAAUAAGAUACUGGGAGCAGUCAUUGGCAAAGGAGAAACUGAACUCAGCUUAAUUCUUCUCUUCAACAUAUCUCCUCAUCAUUUGCUUCCUACACCUUGGAGCUUGAACUUCUGGUUAGUCCCAGCACACGAAUCUUUAUGCAGUCCAAUAGAAAGAAGGCUUUUGCCUCUCUCUAAAGUUAUAUAGAAAGGUAAUGCCAGCACAUUGGCAAAACGUAGCUCUGGAGAAAGCAGAGAAUAUAGAUUGAAUAAGCCAUAUAUAUAUAUAUAGACUAGUUUUAUAUAUGCUGAAGUUCUACUUCAAUUGUACCUCUACUUCGCUUGAACCAGUGGUGGGUUGCAAAUCCUUCCAACCGAAACAGUUGGAAUGGGGCUGGCGACGUCCUCAUGGACGUGUGCAAUGCAUGCACACAAGUGCGCAUGCAUCUUGGCGCCUCCGCAAUGCUCCAGCUGCUCCAUGGAGUGUCGCGCAGGUGCUGUAUGCGCCAUGUCCCUGUGCAGAAGCGCAGAAGCUUUUUAAACACCGGGAAAGAGCUCGGGCGGGCGGGUGGGCCCUCUGGAGCACCAUACCGGAAUGGUAUCCAGUGUUCCGGGCUGCCUCCGGUACGCCAGUACCAGGGUGUAUCGCCUGCAACCCACCACUGGCUUGAACCUACGUGUAUACAACUGUAGUUUUUACUGUCAGCCUUCCUAGUCUUUUGCUUAGCAAGUACGAUUCGGUAAAAUCCAUGUUCAUUCUCAGUUAAAGCACCAUCACUGCCCCUUUCCCAGUUUAAAUAUGUCCAAGCUAAUCUAUCCUUGCCUGAUUAAUAUUGUGGUUUAUUUAGGCAGUGUGUCAGAAUCGCCCUUUUAACAACACGUAACAUGAAGGAUUUUUUGGAAUUAGGUAUCUAAUUCUAAUUAGGUAGAAAGGACCCCAUUAGCUAUAUGUAGCAGAUGCUAGUAAAUGAUUUACAGAUGGGUGAAUAUUUUCAAAAAUGUUGUCUGAAGUGACGGGCAUUUUUUGUGAGAUAUUUAUAUGUCUAGAUUGCUAGAUGACACAUUUCAUUAUCAAAACUGCUUGAAAAUGCAACCUCUGUGUGGCUUGCAAUUGAAGUUUAUAAAGUAGAACUUUAUGGGUAUAUGACAAAAACAGAUUGUGACUUAAUGAAUGUUCUUUCUCUUUGUGUAAUAUAUUUGCAUUAAACAGUACCAAAUAUU